AUGGCAGUUAAUCAACCAUUAAAGGCUAUUCAAGAAGAUACAGACAUUAUAUCUAACACCACCACAUCUGGCUUGACAAAGUGCCUCUGUACAAGAAAAUGUACAUACAUUGUUAAUGCCGAAAUACAGGAGUACUUGUACAAAAUAUUGAAAAAAAACGAUGAGAAUUACACUGGGGAUAUGGAGAUUCUAUCGAAGAUUUUUAGUGGAGAAAAUGUGUCUAUUCAAUUCAGUACUGAAAAUAACAGAUAUAUACCUGAAAAUUGCGCAUUGUGCAUAUUAGGUGCUACACAAAUAAAAAGCAUGGCUUUUAUUUUGUCUUUAAUGGAUAAAGGUAAUGGAUUUUUGGACCGAUUUUUAAUUAUAACGCCUCGUUCAUACCGUCCGAUGCCCAAGGAACAACAAAUCGCCCAACAAUCCUCAACAACAAUCGAUAUUAAGGAUAUUUAUGCCAACUAUGUACACAUAGAUAAUACAAUAUUCUAUUUUGACGAAAAUGCGUUAAAAUUGUACGACAACAUGGAGACACAGUUUUUGACCGAUCUAAACAACGAUCUUUUGCACGGCAGACCAACCAGCAAGUCUAAAAAACCAGAGUUAAUUCCAAAAGUUGCUGUCGCUCUACACACAGUGGAAUACUUUUAUAAUGCCCUUUUUAAUGAAGUUGAAUUUACAUGUCUACCAGAAGCUAUUUCCUUGCAAACAUUGGAACGUGCCAUAAUGUAUGUUGAAUCAAUUGAUGAACAGAAAGAAUUAUUUUACACAUAUAUCACAGAAUUGGUUAGUACCAGCAAAACACCAUCAGUUAAACGUGCCCCAACUUCUGAUGAAUAUAAAAAAGCUGUUUUAAUGACACCGGGUGCCUUCGUCACAUACAGAUCUUUCAAACAAAGUACAUCAAAAAGAUUUCGCGGUUUACUAUCCCAAGAAUUUGUUAAGUUUAUAGAAAACUUUGUUAACAAAGACAUUGGUCGUUUGGUUAGUGUAAGAGCAGUUGGGUCGUCAAAAUCAUCAAAAGUAUUUGUUAAAAAAGAAUUUAGGGACUUGCCAUCCGAAAUAAAAAAUUGGUUACAAGAAAGUGAAUAUGAAACAAAAAGGCUCGCCAAACAUCCUGUUUGUAUUACGGAUCGGAUUAUCGAGUCUAUUAAUCUUGAAAUUCAUUAGCAAAAAUUUUUCAAAUAAUCCUUUUUCUAUAUCCAUAGAAUAAGUCGUUCUUACUUAUAAAAAAGUUUACAAAUUUAUCAACACCAAAAUAUAUAGGUUAGCUAUAACAAAGUUAAUCGGGUUUAAAAUUGUAAAUUUUAAUAAAACUUAUUUUACUCGAUUGACAAAUUGUAUACAGAUAUGCCGAGGCAAAAAAUGCUCGAAAAAUAACAACAGUUUCUUAUAAAAAAUUGCUUGUACAUGAAAAAGUAUAAACACUGUUCGGAAAGUUGCGUAACAUUUGAGUUGUGUUCAGCAUGUUUUUACUAUUAUUUGUAUUGCUUAAAUUUAAUCACGUUUUCUUAUUUUCUGUAUGAUUAAUAUGAGUAAUUGUAAAAAAAGUUUCUGAAGACAAGUCAUGUGUUUUUGAUGAAUCUUUUAACACUGCAAGAGUAGCUAAAAUUAUGCAAUGUAGGGAAUUCAUUAACGUCCCGUUAUCUGACAUAAGCUUUUCUGUGUAUCGCGAAUGACAAAUACUCUGCCUGAGAAAUUACAGUAAGGGACCAUAGUAAGUACAUUUUCUAUUAUUUUAUAAUUAUAUUACAAUUUAACGAUUCAUUAUUCGUUUUUCAAAUCUACAAAUAUUCUUUGAUACAAUAAUUUCAAUAACUUGCAAAGAAGUUGAUUAAUUUCUGAUUAAAUCAUAGCAUGGAUUACCCACCGUUAAAAAGAUUAAGAAGCCGGGGGACACAAUGUGGUGUCAAUAGUGUUAGUCAUGACAAGUCUACGCAAUUUGGACCUUCUCAUAACAGUUAUGAUCGUUUUAUCCGCUCAUCCGAUAAAACAGCAUUUACAACACACAAAUACUUAAUCACAAACAUCACGAAUACCAAAGAGAAUGCCUUAUCGUGGUGUUUUGAUAACAAUUUGUUAAUCAAACAAAGAAAAUGCGAUAAAUGUAACAAUGACAUGAUCUUGUCUAAGUGCAAAAGUUCAGAUGGAAUUAGAUGGCGUUGCCAAAAGAAUGGUCAUUUUGUUGAAACGUCAAUUCGCAAAGGUAGCUGGUUUGAAAAGUCUAAUUUGACGAUAGAAGAGGUGAUUGAAAUGACGUAUUGGUGGACCACUGGUAUCGAUCAAAAUCAAAUAGCCAAACAAAUGUGCAUAUCAAGUUCUACUGCUGUUGACUGGGAUAUGUUUUGCCGAGAAACGUGUGAAGUAUUACUCUUCCAAAAUUCAUCAAAGAUUGGCGGUAAAGGUGUACGAGUUCAAAUUGACGAAAGUAAGUUUGGAAAGCGUAAAUACCACAGGGGCCAUCGUGUAGAUGGACAGUGGGUUUUUGGUGGUAUAGAAGAAGAAUCGCGAAAGAACUUUCUUGUAGCGGUAGAAAAGAGAGACAGAGAGACGCUGAUACCUAUAAUAAAAAAUUGGAUCCUGCCUGGUACAACUAUAGUUUCAGAUUUUUGGAAACCAUAUGAUAUUUUAAGUGAAUUAGAUUUUGAACAUUUAAAAGUUAACCACUCAGUUGAAUUUGUUAACUGUAACGGAGAUCAUACAAAUAAAAUUGAAGGACACUGGAGGCAAGUUAAAUCAACAUUACCAUCAUUUGGAGUAAAAAAAUCCCACUUUUCAUCUUACAUGGCGGAAUUUAUGUGGAGAUAUGCUAACAAGGAUCAAGAUUUAUUUUCGAAAUUCAUUUGCGACUUAUCUUCUGUGUAUUUGUCGGAUGAAAUUUUCG